AUGGCUACUCCAGCAGAUGAGCCGGGUCAGCCACCCAAUCUCACCACUUUGUCCCUUGCUGAAAAAGCACCUGCACAGCCGAUCGAACAAAAGAUCACACCCUUCGAGGUUUCUGGUGGUGUCGACGCGACAGGUAAACUGCUGCCAGUGGACUAUGAAAAACUCACAAAACACUUCGGAGCUACUCCGGUCACAGAUGAGUUACUAGAACGAUUCGAGAAAGUCACCGGCAAGAGACCCCAUCGCUUUAUGAGGCGGGGUAUCGUAUUAUCACACCGAGAUCUCACCAAAAUCCUGGAUCGCUAUGAGAAAGGAGAGCCCUUCUACCUCUACACAGGUCGAGGUCCGAGUAGCGACAGUAUGCACGUUGGUCACUCGGUGCCUUUUGAAUUCACCAAGUACCUCCAGGAUGUCUUUGAUUGUCCUCUGAUCAUUCAGCUCACGGACGACGAGAAGUUCAUGCACUCUCCUGAGAAGUUGAAGGUGGAAGAUUGCCAAAGAUUCGCCCAGGAAAACGCAAAGGACAUUAUCGCCAUUGGCUUCGACCCUGCCAAAACAUUUAUCUUCUCGGAUUUCGGAUUCAUGGGUGGCCCAUUCUACGAGAACGUGACACGCAUGGCGACAAGAAUCACCAUCAACCAGAUCAAAGGAACCUUUGGAUUCGGCGACAGCAACAACGUCGGCGAAUUCUUCUUCUGCGCCAUCCAAUCCGCAACCGCAUUCGCAACAUCAUUCCCCCAUAUUUUCGGUACAGGCCCAUCGGUGCGGACCAUCCCCUGCCUGAUACCUUGCGCGAUCGACCAAGACCCAUACUUCCGACAGUGCCGCGACAAUGCCGAGAAGAUGAAAUACAAGAAGCCAUCCAUCAUCCACUCCAUCUUCCUGCCGGCACUACAAGGCCCGGGCUCCAAGAUGUCCGCGAGCGUCGACUCAUCAGCGAUCUUCCUCACCGACACGCCCAACCAGAUCAAGAACAAAGUGAAUCGCUUCGCCUUCUCCGGCGGCCAAGACACGGCCGAGAAGCAGCGCGAGCUGGGCGGCAACACCGCAGUCGAUGUGCCCUUCCAGUAUCUGACGUUCUUCCUUGAGGACGACGACGAGCUCGAACGAAUCAAGAAGGCCUACGAGUCCGGCGAGAUGAUGACCGGCGAGAUCAAGCAGAUCUGCAUCAAGUACCUGCAGGAAUAUGUGGCGGGCUUCCAGGCUCGGAGGAAGGCAGUCACUGAUGAGAUCAGGGCGGAUUUCUUCGAUCGGAAACCACUCGUCUACAAGGGAAAUCCCAAUCCAGUCAAGGUGGAGAAGAAGGAGAAGAAAUAG